AUUCCUCGACCAUUCUCUCCCAUGGUUAAUGAAAAUUUCUGUCUGAAACAUCCACUAGCGAGCUAGCCAAAUCUUUGAAAGCAUGUCGUCCCUCAUUUCUCAACUGUGGGGUGAUGAAAUUUUUGACCCUUUCCUUUCAAUGGUUAACAAAUGUCCAGUCCUUAACAUCCCAACCGAUUGGAAAGAGACCCCAGAAGCCCAUAUCUUCAUAUCUGAUCUUCCUGGUCUCAAGAAAGAGGAAGUGAAGGUAGAGGUUGAUGAAGGGAGGGUGCUUCAGAUAAGUGGAGAAAGACCUCCUGUGGACAAAGAUGGGGAAAAUGAAAAGUGGCAUAGGGUUGAACGUUGCCGUGGGAAGUUCCUGAGGAGGUUUAGGUUGCCGGAAAAUGCUAAGACUGAUCAAGUGAAGGCUUCCAUGGAGAGUGGAGUGCUUGUUGUCACUGUGCCUAAAGAGAAGGUCAAGAAACCAGAGAAGAAGGUGAUUGAGAUCAAGUGAAUUUCCAUGCCUAAGCUCAACAUAGUGUGUGUAUAUCAUAUAUAAAAUGCAUGC